AUGGAUAAGUUUAAAAAAUGCAAAAGGAAAAAUUUGGGGAGUUUGAAGAAGACGAAGAGUUUUCUUAAAAAAAAAAAAGACCGCUCGGAUGUGAGUAGUAGUGGGAGAAGCGCGACGAAGGACUUCAUCACAAAUGUAAUUAUAAAAUAUGUGAACCAGAGGAAAUAUGAAAAGCAGAAAAAUGGAGCCAACGUGGGAAAUGAACACUACAGGGAAUUUUUUGCAGACGAAAAUGCAAGCGAAAUAUUAAAGGAACGAUUGUUUGGAAAAAAAGAAAUUAGAGAAAUAGAUAUCCUUAAAAAUUGCCUCCUUUUUAAUGAAAAGAAUGAACUUCUCCAAAAAAUAAGUUACACAAUUCUGUAUGAUGUUAUAAAAAAAUGCAUAGACCACGAACAUGUGUUGAUGAAGGUGGAAGAAUUAGGAUUCACAGCUGAAAAUAUAAGAGACAAAAAUGACGAAAAUGUGAACAUAUGCUCCAAGUACAAAGCUGAGCUUUUUUUUGUGUACAUAUAUAAAAAUUUAAAAGCUAUAAAAAUUACCAGAAAUUUUCAAUUGCUAUGUAAAUUUAUGAGUGUCAUCAAAUUCGUGACGAGUAUAAUGCCCUAUAUGUACAAGGUAAAAUUUCUAUUUUCAUUUUGCUCCAUUUUUAAUAUAUACCAGAAGGAGUGCGAGAACAGCAAGCUACAGCCAACGAUGUUGGGCAUAACCAAAAGGGGGGGUUACAAGCAGGGCGACAAGGGAGCCACACAGAAUGACACCCUUUUUGUCCAUUCGGAUGAGGAAGACCAAUUUUUCCAUCUCUUUUUUGAGCUCCUGAAUGAGUUAAUAAAUUUGGGUGAGAAUUAUAACACAUACGAUGUUCACUACCAGAUGUUUAACUUCUUCGUCUUGAGGUGGAUUUUAGUCUACUUCCAGAAUAAGCACUCGUUUUUUGCGAAGGGAAAGAUGGUGCAUUCUUUGGCCAAGGUGAAGUACGUCAUGUUGUUAUUCACCCUGUUAAAGAGGCUACACGAAAGUGCAAAUGGUAUGGAGGAUCGGGAGAGGAAGCUCCGCGACGGAGGGGGAAACGCUCUGAGUGGGACCCACAUGGGGAUGAAUAAUAAAAGCGCAGAGGUAGACUAUGCGAUUUACAACCAGCCUGAGGAGGAAAAUACAAAUCAGCUUCUCUUUCGAGAAGAGCAGCCGGCCUUGUUUAAACACGGAACGGCCCACCCAAGUGAAGGAACCCUUUUAGACGUGCUACACCAAGAUGAGAACUUAAAAAAUGAGAAAAUAAAAAGUAAAAAAGUCGAAAUAAAGACCAUGUUGGAAAGCUUUUACGAUAAGGUGGAUUUGCGCGUGGAAAGGAGGUUGGAAGAAGUGAAGGACACUAUGAAUACUCUGACGCAGAGUGUAUUUAUGACGGCAUACAACUUAAUUAGCAGCAUGCACAUUGUGCAUAGACAUAUCGCUUUGCUGCAUUUUUCUUUUAAUUUUUUAAAAAUGAAUGUUUUUGAAUAUUCCUACUUUAUCAUUUUUAAUGCAUUCCAAUUGCUUAACAAAUUGUUAACGGUCCAAAAUUUUGCAAUUCAUCCGAUGAUCUUUUUGGCUACCCAAGAAGUUUUCACCUUUUACGAAAACGUUGUCAUUCAUUUGUACAAGGGAAAAAGUGACUCUCAGGAGGAGUUUUAUCAAUUUUUCGAAAAGUUCAAUUCCAAGCACAGUGGAGUCUAUUCAGCCAUUUUAAAAAGAAUUUGGAGCUUGUACAUGCUCAUCAUUUCGGAUGAAUAUGUCACAAAAGAGAAAGAAGGGAACCCCACUGAAGAGAAGACCCAUUUUAUUCUUAACAAGGUGGAAGAACAACCAGGAACACCAGAAGAUACCAGGAAAUUAACAACUAUGUUAAGAAUCAGUGAUUUGGAUUUCCCAACAGAGUACAAAAUUAUCAUCCUCAAAUCUGCAGAUGAGACAUACAGAAAUUGCCUAACGAAUUGUCUCUCUAAGAUAUUUCGCAUACUAGGCUUCAGUACCUUUUUCGAAGAAUAUUUUUUUUUCUCCAGCAGGGAGUUGCUGUCUAAGGAUGUGUUCAUACUUAACCGAGUUCUAAAAGAUACCAACAAAACGUACCAUGGAGGGAAUUUCAAAUUUCUGAUGAAUUUUUUCUACCCUUUACUUAUGCAUUUCAUCGAUUUGUACGAAAAGGAAGAAGAGUACAGCAUUAAGAAGAAGUGCUUUUUAAGUUAUAUAAAAAAUGUACUGAUCCAUUUCUCGCGGGCAUUAAAUGACUGCAUCAAUUUGUACUACUUCGUCUCUACCAACGUCCAAGACUUCUACAUAUUAGUGACCAAGUUUACCAACUGUAACGACUUCCACUUGCUGCCACUGUUUGUUAACUUUUUCGAAAAUUUUUAUCUGUCCACGCUGAAGGCUAACGGCGAAGGAGCGCAAUGGUCUCCCCAUGGUGCAGAUUAUCACAAAGAGAGGAAAGACGUUAAAUGCAAAUAUAGCCUCUUAAAUUUAAAGAAGAAUAAUUUCUUCUUAAAUCACGUUUCGGACAACUUGCUGAAAAUAUUUUUGCCAAGAUUUAUAUCCAUCGUGACGUCUCAUUAUGAGCAGAAGUUUGCCAGCGUUGGUUUGCAGUCGAGCGUAGAUAGCACCAGUGUAUCAAUGGUCAUUGAAAGUUUUUCAAAUUUGCUACACGUUUCUUUACAUUUUUCUUCCGACGCAAAUUUGAGUGAAGUGUUAAAUCUCCUCGAACAGGUUAUCCUGAGGAACGAAAUUGAGAAGGAAAUUUAUUCCCUCAUUAGCAUAAUCAUUGUGCUGAAAAUUUUAACUCCAUUUUUUACAUAUGAGGAGCUCACCCUCUGCUCUUUGUAUUAUCAGAAGUUGCUGCAUUUGGUGGCCGAACUGGUCAAUAGGAAAAUGUCCAUAACGGGCUCAAUUAUCGGCUUGAGGGGGAGAAAGGCGGACAGAGGGGGUCGCCCACAAGUGGAAAAACGUACAGGAGGAGGCAAUCACCCAUUGAGAGGAGCAGAACUCAAUUGUUGCGCCAACCGCAUCAGUGGAAAUACAAAUGCACAGUUUGAACUUUCACCCCAGGUGAAUCGAGAAAUGUGUUCAACUGCAACGGACAGUCAAAAUGGCCUCGCCACGCUGAGCAAUAAUGGAAACCAUGGAAACUUGAUGGAGAUUGACUGCGUUAGCGCCCCCUUUGACGACGCGCCCCAGGUGAAGGCUACCCACAGUGAAGGCAUCACCACCCCUGCGCGUAGCAAGAUAGGGGGAAAUUCCAAGAACACCCCACGAAGGGGCAGAAGGGACCAAAAUGGUAUCGCCAAAAAGGGAAAAAUUAAAGGCCUCAUUAAGAAGGAAAAGCGAAAAAACGACUCAGCAAAGAAGGAAAAGGCAAGAAGAACAAGAAUUACGAAAGAGUUAAAAAUCGACAUCGAAAAGUACAAAUUUGUGAGGAUCCUCAUAUAUGACAAUGUUGCGGCGCUGUUUAAAUAUUUCGGUAAUAUAUUUUCAAAAAAAAAUAACUCCAGUGGUGGGCUCAGCCGAAAUAUCGGCUGCACGGCCAGUGGGACAUGCGAGGGGGUACCAAGUGGCAAGCACCACAUGAGCAAAAACGAAAUGCUCAUCCUUAGCAACAUAUAUAUGGACGGCAGAGUGGUCCAGAGCAAACUUCCCGCCAUGAUGACCAAGGAGAAUAUCCUCCCCUUUUUCGACAACCUGGACAAUUAUAAUAUAAAUAAAUAUAUUAAAAAGUUUUAUGUGUACUUAAAUGGACUGACGUUUUAUCUAAAAGAAGGGAAACUUCUCGAUAGGGAUUACUGCCACGACUUAUUUUUUGAAAUUCUGCCCAUCAUAAUGAAGGCCUUAUUUUAUAUCAACAAAAAGUUUACCACCAAGCUGAGGAGAAAUAGCCUAUUCGAACACAUAAUCCAUUUGGGGUCAUCAAAUUUGAAAACAUUAUUUCUCCACGUGACGCCGGGUUUGUUGGUGGAAGAAGCCAGUUCCAAGAAGAUAGCCGUCUACCUGCUCUACUUGCUUGUAAGAAGAUACAAAAUUGAGUAUGGGGACCAGGUGCAGUUAUUUAGUGUUUGCGUGUCCCUAUCAAAUAGUAGUGAAAAGAGCCUGUUAAAAAUUUUCUUAAAAUUUUUGCUAACAUGUGUAAAACACUUUAGAAAAGACGUUAUCCUGGGGAACAUGACCGAGCUCAUGAAUCUUCUUAAUACCAUUGCACAAAUGAAGAGGGGAGUUAACUACCUCGUUGAGAAAUUUCUAUAUCGAUUAUACCCCUUUGUAAGCGAAUCGGAUGUAGUAACUGAACAGAAGGAGAAACCAUACGAUGUAAUUAUGCCUUAUUUAUCCAAGGCGAAUAGGAAAAUAUUCAACAAAAUGGUACAGAAGAAAGGGCUCAGCGGUACUGGAAAUAGGAGCGAUAGAAGCAAUGAUGAUGAUGGUGCUGCUUUGGCGGAUGGUGUGCGUGGAAGGGGAAUGACUCACCAUCAGAGAAGACACAAACUGAAAAGCAAAAGUGAGAACACAGCGGCGACCUCAUCAGAGGAAGGGUCAUCCGUCAUGUCUUAUGCCAUGUCGGAAGAUGAUGCACUGUCCGAAUCGAGCGGAUCAGAUACCUACAACGAUAGUGCGCCCGAGCAGGGAGCGCUGCUCCGGAACAAAGGAAGAAACAAACGCGGGAAAAAAAAUACCAACCAGGUGAACAGGCGUAAUAUGAAGGGAAAAAAUCAGAACCGCAAUUUAACCACCUUUUUCGAUAAUUUAAAAAGCAUGCGAGGACAGAAGGAGACGAGCUAUAUCAAAACCACCGUGCAUGACAUUCUGCAGAGCCAAAAUAAAAGAAAAAAAAAAAAACAGAAAGGGAAAGAGGAAGAGACCAAUGUCAAAAUUAACAAACACGUAAGUGAUGUACUGAACAACUUGGGAACCUCCCUUUUUAAGAACAAAGCAAAGUUUAACAUCCCCUUUUCGAAUGAAAAGGAAAUAAACGACCUCUUUGGUGAACAGUAUUUCGUGAAGCGAGGUUUGAGGAAGGAAAAGAAAAGGGCAAGCGCAGGAGGAAGUCAGCCUGGCCACCGUAAAUCCGACUAUGACCAUAGCGAUGGUGAUGAAGACGAGGGGGAUGACGCUAAUGUAGAAGUAGGCCUGGAUGGAAAGAUAAUUAUCCACCCUGCAAAUGUAAAUGCGCAAAAUACAAGAAAUAAAAAGAAAGACGAUAUGAUUAGCAGAAAGUAUAACCCCGUCAAUGAGAAGCAAAACAUGCACGCCAAACUGAAGUUACACAACAAAUCGAGAAAUAAAAAAAAAACGAACAACUUUGUCACGGCAGAUAAGAAGGCAUACAUAUCCAAGAAGGGGAAGGGGGACAUUAUCAAAAGGGACAAACUACUUCCGUACUCGUAUGUUGAGUUGAAGCCAAUUAUGACCAAAGACAAAUUUAGGACCAAAACGCUCCACGCAUUUCGAUCAAUUAAAAAUAAUUCCAAAAGAAGAGCGAGGAAGGGGAAGAAGUGA